AUGUGGAUACCGCACACGAUACCGAAAUCGACGUUUAACCUAUUUGAACCGUCAUCUCGUAGUUAUGCCAUAGCUACUGAAUCGCUGUCGACCGACGAAAAUGUAUUCUGCAAAUCUGACGAUUUCGGUUGGGAUAACCAUACACCGAUAUCUUUAAAGCACCGCUGUUUAGACGUUAUCGCCGACGAUUUUGCACGAUACGACCCGACAACGUUAUUAGAGAGGAUAACGUCAAUGAACACAGUGUACUUUGUAGAAACGCUUAACACUAGUUUGCCAAUCCCAUUAGUCAUUGACGUGCCCGACGGCGAAUAUUGGCGCCGGCGGUUCUACGAUACGUGGCCAAAUUUCGCCCGGAAACCGUGGGACACGCUAGAAACCGACUCUUACAAAACGUUUUACUUAACCAAAUACGUAUCGGAAGUCAUAGAAAAUAUAGUACCUAGUUAUAUGGACGAGGACGAACUCGCCACACUGUUAGGAGCCUGCAGCCCUUACGUUACCGCCAUACAUUGUAAACAAUUGUGCGUCUCGAGCGGUUCGCUACUACACAAAUUACGAGUACUGGAGGAGUCCAAAAAAAAUAAAACUGUCAUGCCGCCUGCAGACCCGGUACACGUAGAUCUCGAACUCGUGUUGAAUCAUUUGAAAAACGUACAGCACGUGAGUCUGGUGUACGGUCCCAAGACGCUCACCAUGGACGUCGGAUACACAACGGACCUGUACAAGUUCAAUAUCGAAGACAUGGACACACUUGGCCGCGGGUUAGAGUCAUCUCGAUACAUCACAAACUUGGCCGUUACCAACAGCGACUUGGAUUCGACCAAGUUAUCUAGGCUUUCGCCGUACUUGGUGGAAUGCCGUUGUCUCGAAGAAAUCGAUUUUUCAUAUUGUAAACUACGUUCAAUGGGCGCGAAAUCGAUCGCUUUGUACGCAAAAACCGCACAAAAAUUAAAACUAUUGAAUUUACGCGGUAACGAUAUUGGCCCAGAGGGGGUCGAAUUGUUAGCAGCUGUGAUGAUAAAAAGAAGAAAGACUAGUUGCCCUGCAAUCGAAUUAAAUUUGAGUAAGCAUUAUUCUUUUUGUAUAUAUAUAUGUAUCCCAAUGAAAAUCCUCCGUCAACUAUAGGUUUAAAAACCUCGCUAAUAAAAAAAAAAAAACGCAAGUUAAAAGUUGUGAAUUCAAAAAGAGGCUUAGUAAUUUUUUAAAUUCAUUAGUAUAGAAAUUGUUUAUAAUUUUUUGUAUUUCAUGAAGUGUGAUAAUUUAAUACAAGUAAUUUAAUUUAGCUUGGUGGCUACUCAUAUUUACGACUACAAAUAAUUAUACAAUGAAUAUUAACAUUCCCAUUUUAUAAUUUAUUAACACUACCAUAAUACUAUUUAACUACAUACUAUGAAUAGACACCAUGCUAAGUUAAAUUAAUUGUAUUAAAUGAUCAUACUUCAUGAAAUACAAAAUAUUAUAAACAAUUUCUAUACUAAUGAAUUUAAAAAAUUACUAAGCCCCUUUUUAAAUUCACAAUUUUUCUAACUUGCGUUUUUUUUUCUUAGCGAGGUUUUUACACGAAGUUGACAGAAGGUUUUUGUUGAGGAUACCACUCAUUUUUUUAUUAAAAUUUUAGAUAUAUUUCACCUAUGAUUUUUUUUUUUAUUGAAUAAAAAAUUAUGGGACAAAAUAUCCUUGUUGUUUUAUGGAUUGUGUAAAUUAAUAUAUGAUGUAUAGCUAUGAAUAUAGUUUAUGCAUGUUGCUGGAAAGCGAUACUAUAACUAUAGUAAUACAGAGAUAAAAUAAACAACUACACACGAGUUAAGUUGUGGACAAAGUUAUGUGUAUUAUAUUUAAUACACACAUGUGAAGCCAAAUAAUUCAGCUAGUAUAAUAUUAUAUUACUACAUAUUACUAUUUUUUUUAUAGCCUGCCCGACGUUGCCCGCGCCAAAAUAAAUACAAUCUAACAGCGAAAUAAAAAACCCAUUUCUAUGCGCAUGGCUAAACGCUAAAUAACUAUUUAUAUUUAUUUAUUUAUAGUUAUAAGGCCAUGGUUGUGCGUAUCAUCGUGACAAUUAUUGUGGUCCUUACAUUGACUUCUCUUAUUACUAUCUUUAUUUUGUUUUUUCUACAUUAAAUUUCUUUUAAAUUUCAUCCGUUCUAAGGUGACAAUAACAUUAAUUCGAUUUUCGUACCAAUAAUAUCAAUAAACCCGUGUCAGUCCCCCUUUAUAAAUUGAACUCUAGAGGAUAGUAGGCUAUAUUAUGCUAUUUCUCUGCUACACCUAACUAGAACAACACCUAUGCAAUUUUUCACCUUAAUCCGCUCAGUAGUUUUGGAAUGAAGGAUUAACAAACAUCCAUCCAAACAAACUUCUUAUAAUGUUAAAUCAGGAUGAUAAUUAUAAUCCGUUAAUACUUUAUUAUGUUAAUGUACCGAUGUGUUUGUUGUAUAAACGGGACUAUUGUGCUUAAAAUUGACAUUUUGUUUAGACAUGAACAAUAUAGGCGAUGUCGGUGCCAAAUAUUUAGCUGCCGUUCUAGCGUCGGGAGUUAGACCUUUUACUAAUCUUCGAGUCCGCAAUUGUAAUAUAACCGAGAUCGGAGGCAUAAAUAUCGUUCGAUCAUUAGAACAUGACCGAGGAUUACGCGCUAUGGAAAUAGACAACAAUCCAUUGACUUUGGACGUGGCUAUUGCAUUUCAUGCGAUGUUGAAAACGAAUUUUAAUAUUACGUACUUGUCAACUCAAAAUUGCAACUUCCCGGAGACGAUGUCCAUUUUCUUUAAUACCGUCGCGUAUUAUAAUCGAUUCGACAAACGGUCCGAGUUUGAAUACAUGGAUAUAACGGAUUUAUACGAUGACGUUGAAGACGAAUAUAUUUUACAAGAAGAAAACGUGAGUCAAGAAUUGGAAUCAGAAAUCGAGAAAGAAUCUGAUUAUUAA